AUGUAUGCCUCACGUAGUGCCUUAAAAAGCGAAAUCCAAGGAGCUAAUGGCUGCCUGGGGACACAUGUGGCAUAUCUGAACAAGCAUCCUAAUUUGAUCAGCACCUCUUCUCGCAUAAAUAGACAAGCAGCCGCUCUAGAAGCGUUCAGUUAUGAUCCCUGUCUACGCCGUACUUCUGCUAUGCAGCAUAACGCAGCUAGUGAGAAUGAGGUGUCAAGUGACUGCUGCACAGGCGGAAGCACGUCGGACUUGUGCCAGUUGUUGAAACUGCUCUCCAGUUCGGAACAGGCUGAAGCACGGCAGUAUCUCGGUGAGAACUGUGAGGGACAUACCAGCGAGCUGGCCGGCAAAACAGAAAAAAGAAAACCGAAUUUCAUCCGCUUCGGCAGGGCUGCUGGUACAUGUUGCUUCUCUUUCAAACUGACCAACACAAUAUACGUGUCGUCACCAACUGUAUUCAGCGAAAAAGGCGUUGAUCCAAACUUCCUGCGAUUUGGACGUGCUCCAGGCCGGACGAUGGAUCCAAAUUUUCUGAGAUUUGGAAAAUCCAUGGAGCCAAAUUUCCUGAGAUUCGGGAAACGAUUGGAACUAAGCGAACCGAAUUUCCUGCGCUUUGGCAGAGAGCCCAGCGAGGAAUUCAACCGUCAGUAUCGAAAGCCAAAUUUUUUGCGUUUUGGUUAA